AUGAAGUUCCUGGACUCGAGCAGGCAGCAUUGGAAAUUCUCAAAACGCCAGGACGUCGAGGCUCAAGCUCUGGUGUCGGCAACGUCGAUAUGCGGCUACAAGGACGGCAACGCCCUGUCCAGCCGGACUGCAGAACCAGGGUACAGAUGCAGGUACGAUGGCGCUGCGCAGGUCUGGGGCUUCUGCACAGAAAGCAUCGACGACAUAGCCGGGUGUCGACUGAACAGUGCGUGCUUCGACCUCAACUCCUGCACAUCGGGAUGCGGCUGGUUGAAUGACCCAUCUGGACAUACGGUGAAAUGGUUAGAUGAUCCCCGUAAACACACGUAUAUUUGGUUACUGAUUGUAGUAUGGUGUAUAUAUAGUACGAAAUCGAGCCGCGGCUUCUGCUCUGCCGCACUGCUUACGGCGAAUAUCGAUCAGACGUAUACCUAUCUCGACUGCGCCGACAGCGCGACCAUCGAUCAUCUACAGGUUACACCGACGGACACCCCCGAGACUACGAGCUCGACGUUCAGCAGUACGGUGAUGCCAGCUGUGGCUUCCUUCACAUCGAGUCUCCCUUCUGCGACGACCGGCGUCGUUCCCAUCACCACUCCAGCGCCGGCAGCACUCACGGCGACGCCCUCUACGGCCACAGACACUGAGGCAUCGAAUAGAGCUCCACUUCCGGCAAUUAUUGGCGGUGUCCUGGGCGGGCUUGUGCUCACCUGCUGUACGCUGCUGGUCUUGCUCCUGGUCUUCCGACGGCGUAGUAAACCUCAUGUAUGCAAGGAUAUAAAGCCUACAAUCAAGGGCCCGUAUCCGGUGUCAAAUGAUACGAAUGACAUGGAUGUCAAGUAUUAUAUCAGCGAUAUCAAGGGGUCAUUGAAGGGUAGUCGGGCUACGUUGAGGGUGAAUCGCAGUCCGGUCGAGAUUUCCGAGAGUAAUUACUGGUCAAGGAGCCCAGUAGAAUUAGCCGGUUGA